AUGUACGCAUUUGUGACAAGAUUCCCCAAGCCGCAAAGUCAACUCCGUGGCCAAAUUCGACCUGACUCUUUGGAUCUACCAAACCAGGAGAGACCCUCCAAGCGAGCCAAACGACAGGGAUCAUCAGAAUCCGAUAGCGAUCAGUCUCUUGAUUCUCACGGUGAGUUGUCGCCAAGAAAAAAGUUGAUCAAUAAGAAAACGACCGAAGACGAUGGUCUGGAUAGUGGAAAUCCCCGGCCUACAGAUAUAGAAAGCGCAUUGCCUCCCGCUGCUGAUGGCAAGGAGGCGAUCGAAGAGUAUGAGGCGAUGAAGUCAUCGCAAGCGACGGCUGAAGAUGAUGACGGCGCGGCUGGAAAAUCGAAGCCUCUUUGGAUCAAAGGCCAGAGUUCUAUCUAUGUGGAUGCUUUCAACCUCGCUCUCGAUACUGUUUUGGACGAAGAAUCUCACCUGUUCGAUGAAAAAGAAAACAACGUCUUUAAACAAUGGAGAGAUCUAGGGUACGAGGCUCAAUAUCUCUAUGUUCGACUGUUUCUCAGGAAAGCUGCAUGGUGGCAUCGUCAUAACCGUCUUGAUUACCAUAGCGACGUUUUAAAUCUCGAAUCAGCCAUAGCCACAUUACAAUCGCCUCGUACAUUACCACAAAACACCAUAUCUCCAACACAGAGUCCUAUACAUGGCAUUGAACUUGAAGAGUCCAAACUUGGUAAGACAUUCACAUUUGCAGAUGCAUCAAAUGAACACAUCAAUUCAGUCGAAGAGGCUGCAUCGCUUCUCAGUCUGGACGAGCUGAAAGAUCUAGCAAAGGACGCCAAGAUCCAAGGACGCAACAAAUCAGAACUUAUCCGUUCCCUUGUACGAAUGAGCAAGCAACAGGCUGGUUUAAUGGCGGUAGGUCUCAGCAGACACAACAGCCGCAACUCGCCUUCCGAGGACCAUGAAAACAAAGAUGUGAAAGUAAUACCCAAGGCGAAACUUCGACGGGAAGACUCGAACAGGGAGCAGCACUUCUUAACCAAAAUACUUGGUAUUCUUGGCCCUUGCAUUCGAUUAUCACCACUGGCCUUUAAGCUUUUUGAGCGCGUACAUCUGGUGUUCUACAGAUCGGCCCAGUGGACAGAGAAGUCUCUCACAACAAUUAUUCUCGCCAAAAUUGCACGACGCCAUUUUCCCGAAUAUAUUGUUUGUCGGACGUCAACGAUAUUUUCAUCGCGGUUGCACUUGUUAGAAUAUGAAACCGCCAUUCGCAUGGAAACAGAAGUCGACAACUUGGAGUUCAGCAGUCCACCUGGACAGGAAGGGCUCAGAAUGAUGAUCGACAUAUUUGAUAAAGUGUAUCCCCGAUGGCAGACGUUAGUCAAGGAAGAGCAGAAAAAGGAACAGACGGUAUAUGAGAUGGGCGAAGGCACAUACCUGAGACGAUUCACACCAGGUCAUUCUUAUACAAGGAUAGUCCACAAAGCAGCCCCGAUAUUUGGAAAGCUCAAGGAGCAUCUCAGAGAACACAGUCUUCUUACUGAGCUUCUAGAUCAGCGACUUUUCCAUCCAGCCAGGCGAGGUGGCUGGUAUCAGCGAAAAGCUCUCCUGGAAGAGCAUUACAUGCCCACUUUGGACCCGGAUCCUAAAUUUACAGACCCCGAGCAACAGAAGAAGCAUUGGAAAAAGAUAGCAGUCGCCACUUGUGAGGCUGGUCUACAAGAUCCAGACUGCCAUCUCAUUUUCCAUUACGACCUGCAGAAGCGUUUGGUCAAGCUUGAGAAGAAACUGCGCAUUCCGCGCCGCUUGCAACACGACUUUGGUCAUGUGAACCUCGAAAAGCCCACCGAGCACAUAAUAGAGGGAAUCCAGAUCAAGAGGGACAUUGUUGCCAAGCCCGGUCGCCAAGCCUCAACAAAGACAAUAUGGUUUGAUGAGCUGGAUUCAAAAGAAGAGUGCAGUGUCGAAGAGAUGUGUCUCAGCCAGUAUCGAUCAGAAGGAUGGAAGGGAUAUCACGCCGAGGGUGGAAUUAUCCGGACUCUAUUUGCAUACCUCUUCUACGAUAUCCUAUUCAUUUACAUCCCGAAUGUUUUCCAGACUGCCUAUCAAACAUGCCCAUUGGAUCUACACACUGAUGCUUUUUACCCGUCCAGAGCAUCAGAAAUCAAUCACAGACUUGUUGAAAUUGCCAACGGAGAGGCGGCAAGGUUAUUGCAUGAGGUCUGGGAUAGAGAACACGAGAAAAAGACCAGUGUGGUAGGCUUGAACUGGGAUUUUGAGAUUGAUGACCUCGUGGAGCUUGUUGAGUGCUUCGAGGGCAGUGCUCUUGCAGCCGUAUGCAAGGUGAUGGCUCAAGAAUACAGACAGCGGGGUGGAGGUAUACCGGAUCUCAUCUUGUGGCGUAUCACAGAUACACCAGAACAACAGACCAAGGAACCUGGAAAGGCAAAGGGAGAGGUUAUGUUCUCUGAAGUCAAGAGCGCGGAUGAUCGGCUCAGUGAUACUCAACGUCUCUGGAUCCAUGUUCUUACUGGAGCAGGGGUCAAGGUUGCGCUUUGCAACGCUGUAGCAAAGGAAGUGAAGCAGGAUUAG